UACAGAUUUCAAGUCAGGUACAUACAUUAUAAUUAAUCUUAACUAUCAAACAGUGCAUUCGGGUUCAGUUUAUUAUUCAAAUAGUUUAAAAGGUUUUUCUAUCUCAGGAAACCGAGCAGAUUGAAUCAAGUCAGUGACUUGCAGCAUUCACUCCUCCUGGAUGAGCAUGUAGACACAGUGGGCAGUAAAUGUAACGGAGAACUUAAAAAGUUCUUUGUUACAUUUAUUUUAAAAGGGUUAUUUAUGGUACUAAUACUCUAACCACCACUGGUUUAGUUGAAAACUAAUUCUUUCAACAAAUGAAGUUUUUUAUCACAGAAUAAAUGGAUUUAAAGUAAAGGUUUGAUUUUUCAGUGUGAGGUUAUGCUACUGUAAUAAAAGACUAAUUCAUGUUUAGCUGAUACUAUCCUCCUUAAUCACAUUUCUGGUCUAAACCAGUAUGUCACCAGUCAGACCAGCUAUUCAAAUGUGCAGGUCACCAAGCAGGUGGAUCAGGAGUUAAAUAACACGCCAGUCAGGCUUUUAGUGUUCCCUUCUGAGCGUGCAGCACACCGUGUUCAUCUUGUAUAUGCUGUUUUCAGGGGGUGGUGCAACAGUCACUGUACAGAAUAGUUUCAACAAGUCAGCUGUCUUCGGGCAGGUAUCUGUCAACACACCUGCUUUUGCUGCAUUCUUGCCUUCUGUUUAAUCAUUUUCAGUGCCAACAAGUAAUGGCACAAGAAGAGGACUUUACUUUAAGAAUAAACCCAUUCUUUUUAUUACCUGAAACUUAAUGCCAUCAGUCAUUAAGUCAUGAAAGGACACAGUAUUAACUUUUGGCUUAAACAGUAGAAUGACAGAAGCCAAGACCUACAGCAUGACUUAGUUUUUUAAGACUGUUGAUUCUUGGACGUUUUGAACAUGGCGGGAGGAGAAACAUCUGAUUUGGCACCGACAACUGUUGUCAAGAUUUUUUCAGCUGGAUCGGCUGGCUGCGUGGCUGAUCUGGUCAGCUUCCCGUUGGACACUGCCAAAGUACGACUACAGGUCCAGGGUGAAUCUAAGGCCCUACUAAAAGGUCAGAAAGCAAAGUACAGAGGUGUAUUUGGCACCAUUAUCACCAUUGUACAGAACGAGGGGCCCAGGAAUCUGUACAAUGGGCUCCUGGCAGGACUGCACAGACAGAUGUGCUUUGCCUCGGUUCGGAUCGGACUGUACGACACCAUGAAGCAGCUCUAUGCCCAGGAAUCAGAGAGUCCUGGACUUGGGGCUCGACUGCUGGCGGGCUCCACCACAGGAGCGAUGGCGGUGGUGUUUGCUCAGCCCACCGAUGUGGUGAAGGUCAGGUUCCAGGCUCAGAUCCAUCAGCCUGAGAAUGGCUACGUGAAGAGAUACAGCAGCACCACCGAUGCUUAUAGGACCAUAGCAAGAGACGAGGGCCUCAGAGGGCUCUGGAAAGGCUGUCUGCUGAACAUAGCUCGUAACGCCAUCGUGAACUGCUCCGAGCUGGUGACCUAUGACAUCAUUAAAGAGGAGAUCCUGAAGAGCAAACUGAUGACUGACAACAUGCCGUGUCACUUUACUGCAGCCGUUGCAGCAGGCUUCUGCACCACAGUCGUUGCAUCUCCAGUGGACGUGGUAAAAACUCGCUUCAUGAACUCAGUGCCUGGGCAGUAUGGUGGCGCCAUGAAAUGUGCUCUAACCAUGCUGCUUAAAGAGGGGCCCUCAGCUUUUUAUAAGGGCUUCAUGCCUUCGUUUCUUCGCCUGGGAUCCUGGAACAUCGUGAUGUUUGUAAGCUACGAGCAGAUUCAAAAGGCUGUGCCUGAGUUAAUCCUUAAGACGCGCACUGCUGAUGUCCCUGACCGCUCGUCAGUGAAUGUCCUGCAGAGCGAGUGGAGCUUCAGCCCCCAUCAGCAUACAGAUUCACAAAAACAGCCCUGGAAACAGGACGCCUUGCAGUGAUGCCUUGUGUGCCCAUCCAACUGAACCAUCUGUCGGACUAUCAACUGUGAAGAAGGCAGAACCAUCAGGAAAACCAUGAGCUCUGACAGUCUCUUCAAACCAGAGAUGGACUCAGACCCUCAGGGCGAG